AUGAAGUGUUUCUACAUGGUUUGCGUCUUCGUAGGCGUAAUUGGAUGGAUCAUGAAUGGGUUAUACUCGACAUGGUUACCAAAAAACUACAUCUUUGAUCCUCAAACCCUUUCAGAGAUUAGUAACAGGGUAAUUGCUUCACAAAAAGGUAAUACCACUGAAGGUCUACUGAGAAGUAUGCGUGAUGAGUUGGCUAAUCAUUACGGACCUCAAUUUAUCAAUGAGUACAAGGACGAAGAUUGGGUUUUCAACAAUGCAGGAGGUGCAAUGGGUCAAAUGAUCAUUCUACAUGCAUCAAUUUCAGAGUAUGUGAUUUUGUUCGGUAGUGCUGUCGGUACAGAAGGCCACACUGGUGUUCAUUUUGCAGAUGAUUAUUUUACCAUUUUGAAAGGUCAGCAGACGGCUGCUUCUGCUCAUCUAACUGAGCCGGAAAUCUAUGAGCCUGGUAUGACUCACCAUUUGGUAAAAGGAACCCCCAAGCAGUACAGCAUGCCCCAGGGUUCAUUUGCACUUGAAUUGGCCCAAGGUUGGAUUCCAUGUAUGUUACCGUUUGGAUUCCUUGACACAUUUACAAGUACUUUAGAUGUGAUUAACUUGUACCGCACGGUCUAUUUAACUGGACGUGACAUGAUUAAGAAUUUGGUUCAAAACCAGAAGUUCUAA